CAUGAAAACAAGUGACUCAGUUGCUUCUGCCAUGACUAGCCGCAAUACAGAAAAAGAGAAAAUCGAACAUUUUGCAGAUUUACCAUACUCAAUCAUCACCUACAUUCUCCUUAAACUCCCCAUCAAAGCUAUUUUUACUUGCAAAUGUGUUUGCAAAACAUGGAAUUCACUGAUUUUAGACCCACAUUUCGCUGCAUUAUACUCGGAACCUGAACCUGCAUCACUUGGUUUCAUGGUUCGGACUAGUGAUAUAAAACUAGUAUCAAAUACCUUGCACCUUUUUGAGCACCAACCUCAAAAGAAGUCUAGCUCUCUCAAUGUUAAGUUUGAUCCUAAAUUCAAGCUGCCUCUUAGGAAUGUGAAUAGGAUUAAUUUACCUGAUUACAAUCCAAUGGAUGAUAAAUUUGAUGUGGCGAAUUCCUGCAAUGGCUUGCUUUGUUUAGUUAAGGCAAAAGCCUCUCUUUACUUGCCUAUGCUAUCUAGUGUAAACCAUUUAGUUGUUUGCAAUCCAAUUACAGGUGAGUUCAUAAGACUUCCAGAAGCUACUGGACUAGUUCGGUUUUCAAUAGGCGUCGGUCUUGGUUUCCAACCUAAAACUAAUGAAUAUAAGGUGAUAAGAAUAUGGAAGAGACAUUAUAAAUCCAAUAUUUUUGUGGUUGAAAUGCACACAUUAGGAACAACAACAUGGAAGAAUAUUGAAGUUGAACCUAUGUUUUCAUCAUCUUGGGCGCUUGAUUCUCCUACUUGCGUGAAUGGGGCACUUCAUUGGAUCAAUUUUGAUAACGAAAAUCGGUCAAUAUUGUGUUUAAACUUAGAAAGUGAGAAAUUUCAUUCAUUCCCUUGUCCUUGUCUUCCUGGUGAGGCAGUAUUGAAUGUCACCAUGGUAGAAUUAAAUGGAUUUCUUUACCUAUGUGAACAAAUAUCACCCAAUAGUUGCUCAGUAUGGCUUAUGAAAAAAUAUGGUAUUGGUGAGUCAUGGACCAAGGUUUUCUGCACAGAUACUUUCAACGGAUGUCGUUGGAAUUUUCUCGUGUGUAAGCCAAUAAAACACUUUGAGAAUGGCUGUGGUGCCUUAUUGCUUCAGGAGUCCCAUAGUUGUAAUAACUUUCUUUAUUUUGAACCAGAUAAACAUAGAUUCACAUAUUUAGAUAUACAUGGGGCUGAAUCAAUCCGGUUUGAAUCAAUCCCUCAUAUUCCGAGUCUCAUAUCAUUGAAGAACCUUGCUAAAGGAAACAAGGUUGAGGUGCAGAAUGUCCAUUUCAUGGUAACAAUCACUUGUUCUCUCUACUCUGCUUAUCUUGUGCACAUUGUGAAUUCUUAUCAACCGCUUCAUUUGCACUUUGAUUAUGCCUCUUACAUAUUUAUUUGGGUUUUUGCAGAUACCAUCCAAGAAGAAGCAACGUUGAAGCUUCCUUUCUAUCAAAGUGAUGGAGAUCAUUAA